GCAAUGGUUAGGUGUCAAUUACAUUGUUAUUAGGCCUAUGCAGUAAUUGAAUACUGAUCAUUGUAAACAAUGUAAAAUUUGCAAAACAGAGGACAUUUUCAAUGGAUUGUAGGCUAUGUAGAGGCCGAACAAUGUGAUAUAAAACGAGUUGAAAAGAACACUUAGCCCACUGGGUAUAGGUAGGCUUUGGUGUUCUUAUUCUGUCCUAGCGAUAGUAAACUCCGUGUUAUGCACGCACGAGGAGGUUGGGAAAAUUCCAAAGUCGACAUCGAAAGGUUUCUUGCGCUUGAUGGCUGAAUCAAUUGAAGGGGUCUUCCAGUAAAGAGCACUUGACUUCUCACUAGUUCACAGUCUUAUUCUUGUAAUUCAAUACAGGGCCAAAAUAUAUUGUAGGAGGACGACUCACGACUGCGCCUGUUGAAGAGUUGGACUGUGUGCAUGUGGGGACUGGACACUUGGACAUCACUGACACUGACCGCAAGGAGUACCUACAUUUUUCAACGUCUUUCUGGGAAUAAAACAUUAGUUUAAUAUCAAAUGUGUGAAAUAAUAUUUAGUCGGAUUUUUCUUGGGUUUCCCGUCCUACUCCUCUGGAUGGCAGGUAGGCCUACACAUGCCGCAUGUCCUUUUGAGCUCAACCCUCCCAGAUUGGUGGUGAGAUAUGGAGACUCGGUCUCAGUCAACUGCAGCACAUCAUCCACAGACCAUGAGGGGAUGGGCUGGGAGGCCACAUACGGAGGUACAGGUUUAGAAGAGGCCAACUUUGUCAUCUGGACUGUGGAGAAUUUAACAGACUGGACAAUACAACCUAAAUGCUACAUCGCACCAAAAGAUGGAAUUCAGUGUUUGGAAAAUUUCCCUGUCAUUCUAUACAAGAUUCCAGACAGCGUCUCCAUCUCUCUUCUGAGCCACUCUGGUCCCAUGGUGGAGGGGACAGAGUACCAGCUGCAGUGUGACAUACAGAACGUCGCUCCUCUACAGAACCUGGUUGUGAGGUGGUACAAAGGGAAUGAAACUGUAAAUACUCUAACAUUUAAUAACUCCAGGAGGAAACCAGAGGAUGUGUCCUCCACCCUCAACAUCACCCCAAGGAGAUUUGAAGAUGAAGUAGAGUACAGAUGUGAGGCAGAGCUGGUCCUGGGACCAGAGGGACCACAACCUUCUGUCAUGUCAUCACAGCAUCUUCAUUUUGCUGUUUACUUCCCGCCACAGGAUAUUCUGGAGCUGAAGGACACAGAAGUUGAUGUUGGUUCCCGUACUGGGCUGAAGUGCUCCUCCAAUGGGAACCCCCGGCCAGAGUACUCCUGGACUUAUCACCGGGCUCCCAAUGUAAAAUUGAAGAAUGAUGGGGUGUCCCUACUGACCAUCGAGCAGGCCACAGGGGAGAACAUCGGGUACUACACAUGCUACGCCAGUAAUACCCUGGGAAAUGUCUCUAAAAGAGCCAGGGUCUCUGUCAGAGGUGCAGAGCCGGUAUGUCCUAUGAAGCUGAGCACUGAGAGUGUGGUGGUGGAAUAUGGAUCUCCAGUCUCAGUGUCGUGCAGCAACACAACCAGUGUUGAAGAGAUCUACUGGACAACAGGUCCCCAAGUUGUCAAUGAUACUACCUGGAGUGUUGUGGAACUCCUAGACUGGGACAUAAGGCCUGAUUGUAAGGCAACCUUUCAGGGGAUUGGAAGAUGCAGUAAACCUCUGCACAUCACAGUAUACAAGACUCCAGACAGCGUGUCCAUCUCUGUUCUGAGCCACUCUGGUCCCAUGGUGGAGGGGACAGAGUACCAGCUGCAGUGUGACAUCCAGAACAUCGCUCCUCUACAGAACCUGGUUGUGAAGUGGUACAAAGGGAAUGAACCCGUAGAUAAUGUAACUUACAGUAACAUCAGUAAGACACCAGUGGAUGUGUCAGCUACUCUGAUGAUCAGCCCCAGUAGAGAUGAUGAUGGAGCUCAGUAUAGAUGUAGAGCAGAACUGGACCUGGGACCAGAGGGACCACAACCCCAUCCUUCAGUGACAUCAGAACCUCUCAACAUUACUGUGCACUACGCUCCUAAGUUCCUUCCAGGGAAUGACACAGUGGUGGUGAGUGCAGGCAGUGAUGUGUCUCUGGACUGCAGUGCUGAGGGGAACCCUCCUCCUGAGCUGAAGUGGACCAACAACACUGCAGAGGGAAAUGCCAAUGAGACCAUUGUAGGGCGCCUGCGUACUCUCUCUAUCUCCAGAGUAACAGCUAAUGCAACUUACAACUGCACAGUCACAAAUAGACUGGGCUCCAUCACCAAGCAAAUGCAUGUCCUUGUAGAAGUACCUCCACAACGUCACCUAACGAUGUUCCCCACAGUACCCACAACUCCAGGAGCUACGACCACCCUCCCAGCAGCAGCCAAGCCAAAAGUAGUUACCUCUCCUCUUGAGCUAAACCCUCCCAGAGUGGUGGUGAGAUAUGGAGACUCCGUCUCAGUCAACUGCAGCACAUCCUCCACAGACCAUGAGGGGAUGGGCUGGGAGGCCACAUACGGAGGUACAGGUUUAGAACAAGAUGUCAACAUUGUCACCUGGACUGUGGAUAACCUUACUGAUUGGACAAUAGAACCUAAAUGCUACAUCACCCUCAAUGACAGCAACCAACCCAUAGAAGUGCUUCCAGUCAUUCUUUACAAGACUCCAGACAGCGUGUCCAUCUCUGUUCUGAGCCACUCUGGUCCCAUGGUGGAGGGGACAGAGUACCAGCUGCAGUGUGACAUCCAGAACAUCGCUCCUCAACAGAACCUGGUUGUGAAGUGGUACAAAGGGAAUGAACCUGUAGAUAAUGUAACUUACAGUAACAUCAUUAUGACACCAGUGGAUGUGUCAGCUCCUCUGAUGAUCAGCCCCAGUAGAGAUGAUGAUGGAGCUCAGUAUAGAUGUAGAGCAGAACUGGACCUGGGACCAGAGGGACCACAACCCCAUCCUUCAGUGACAUCAGAACCUCUCAGCAUUACUGUGCACUAUAAGCCACGCAUCAAUGCAUCUCGACUGCCACUGAGGAUACCUGUGUUCAGGGGCUAUCCUGAGGAGUUAGUGUGUGAGGCUGAGGGUUACCCACAGCCCAGGAUACAGUGGCUCUAUGACCCAGCGAAGCAUGUCAGUGAGGCGGGAGGCAACCUGACUGUCUCUGAGGCAGGGCUCUACAACUGCACCGCCACCAACGAUGUGGAGACUAGCUUCAUUGUGGUAGAGGUGGUUUUAAAAGAGGACUACCUGCCCCUCAUAGCGGGCUUCGUGGCCUUCAUGGUCGUGGUCAUCUCUGUCAUCUUCGUCUUCAUCUACUCCAUCUACUACAAGAACACCAAGAUGGGCCGCUACAGCCUAAAGAACGCCAAGCUCAGCAGCACACCCAACGGCAACGUAGCGCAGGACGGUGGCCAGGACAUUCCGCUCCCCAUGACUAAACUGUCUCAGCCAAACAUCUACUUCUAGGAGGAGGAGUUGUAUUGGGUUGUCUAUGGUUGGGCUACUCUGAAUGAAGAGCCCUCUUUCCCCAAUGAGAGACUAAGUGGUUGAGGUGGUUGAGGGACUGGUUGCAACUCAUUCAGCUGGCAGACUCAGGUCUGGAUUGUGAUAGUUGGUAGUGUCUCCUGGCUCUCCUCCAACCUCCCUAUGCUUCAUAUGCACUCCCUUUCCUCUUUAACACUAAGAUUUUAAGUACAGUUCAGUCCCUCUAUUUCCCGUUCUACUGGAGAACCUGAUGAGGUAUAAUCACCUUUUAUUUUAGUGUGAGCUAUAUGAUCUAUUCUAUACCAUCAAAGUGUAGCUGAUGUUUUCUCUGAAGGACAAGAAGAAGAGGCAGCAAAUGUACAAGGUGAAAUCCCUCUUUGGAAAAUAGCUUUAUUGAAAUGUAUUUUUUAUAUGACUGGUUUUGGAAAAACUGGUUUGUGUUGCGUAAGCACCAACAAGGGAAUUUUUAUGUCAUUUUGAAUGUUUUUUUUUGGUUUGGUCUGAUGACAAUGUAAUUGCUGUCACAUUAUGUAAUUGCUUGAAGAGCAGCACAUGGUUGAAAUUGUGAGAAUGUCCCUUUUGCUUGGAUGUGAUGUCUUGCUCCUGACAAGAAGCUUGGAGUGUAAACCUGCAGUACAGUGGAGGCUGCUGAAGGGAGGACGGCUCAUGAUAAUGACUGGAACGGAGCGAAUGGAAUGGCAUCAAAUACAU